AUGAACUACAACAUUAUCUUCUCUCCGGUUUCCAUUCUUGCAAGAACCAUGUUUUUGUUCUUCCCCCUUCUAGCAGUCAAGAAACUGGAUACCAGAAUUUGCAGGCCAUUAAGUGAUGAAAAUUUCCUCGAGCUCGUCUCUGUUGGUUCUAAGCUUCGACAUGAGAAUUUAGCUGAGCUGGUUGGAUAUUGUUUGGAGCAUGGACAGCGGUUACUUGUGUAUAAAUACUACCAAAAUGGAACCCUUCAUGAAGCAUUGCAUUCAGACGAAUGCAUUGGUAAGAAACUGUCGUGGAAUACUCGAAUCCGCUUGGCUCUAGGUGCUGCACGAGCCUUAGAGUAUCUGCAUGAAGUUUGUGAACAGCCAAUUGUGCAUGGGAACUUCAAGUCUUCCAAUAUUCUCCUUGAUGAUGAUAUGACAGUGCGCGUUUCAGAUUGUGGUUUGGCUCCUGUUUCUCCGGAUGAGUACCUAAAACUGUUAAUGAACGACGGUUAUGGUGCACCUGAAGUGGAGUUGGGAGUUUAUAAUUGCAAGAGCGACGUGUACAGCUUUGGGAUCAUACUGUUGGAGCUUCUUACUGGUCGAAAAUCUUGCGAUAGAUCAAGGCCAAGAGGGGAACACUUUUUGGUGAGAUGGGUAAUUCCUCAGCUUCAUGAUAUUGAUGCAUUAUCGGAAAUGGUUGAUCCUUCCUUAAAUGGAGUUUACCCAACAAAAUCAUUAUCGCGUUUAAAAUUGUUAUUUCUAUAG